AUGCCAGUCCAGAAGCCUGUCUUCAUCCAGGGCCAGGGCCAGAACCAGGGUCUUCGCCGCCACCGCCCAAAUGUCCGCAAAGCCGACGCCAUCCACGGCAUCACCAAGCCAUCAAUUCGUCGUCUGGCCCGCCGUGGAGGCGUCCGACGGAUCCAAUCGACCAUCUACGAUGAUGCCAGAAUGGCACUGAAGGAUCAUCUUACAGAGGUCAUACGUAAGGUCGUUAUUCUGAUGGGAGGCCCAGACAACGAACGAAAACAUGGGGUUCCUGUUACGCAGAAGAAGACCGUCACCACCAACCAUGUUAUUUACGCACUCAAACAAAUGGGACGGCCCCUGUACGGCUUCCACGAACCCUACCCUACUUCAAAGCGUGGAACACUGGCGUUGAGGAAGAUCUGA